AAAUAAUUAUGCCAAACAAGCCGCACACCCAUCGUCACCACCGGGCCGGGCACUGGAUGCCGCCGGACCAUGACUCGCACCACAAAUGGGUCGGAGGGGUGAUAGCCCACGUCGACAAGAAGGAAAAGCACGAACUGCACCCUGUCCUGAAAGAAUUCAAGCACCUGAUUGAGUCCAACACCCGCGUAUACCUGCUGGUCGCGUCCAUGUUCGCCGAGGUGCCCAAGAACCGCCACUACUGCACCGAUCCCACAGGCUGUCCUCAGAUUAGGGAUUACCACCAUAUGCUGCGUGUGCUGAAUUAUCUGAUUACAACUGCGCCGUCGUGGAAUGACUUUUCCCUCAAAGUUGGGCUGGUUGGAUUGCCCAUCAACGCCGUGCUUGACUGGUCAAUGGGCACGCCCAGCGGGUAUGCAGCGUUCCUAGACCCGGACAUCAACGCCAUGCUGAAGAAGGUUCUAAACGCAUGGGGCGAGUUCCUGACAUCGCCAGAAUCAGCAACAGCGCUCGAUGAAUCGGAAAAUGGCUGGUUCGGUCAGACUGGCAGGGGUAAUCUCGUGCAGGUCGCGAACGCGCCGAACGGAUCAAACCACGACUUCGACAAGUUGUUUGUCUGUGACCCAACGGCAAAGCAUUACGGAUUCGCCUCGUGGGACGACUUCUUCACCCGAGUCUUCCGACCGGGGAUUCGGCCUGUUGCUGCGCCCGAUGAUGACGGUGUUGUUGUGAAUGCGUGCGAGUCCCAGCCGUAUAAACUUGCCCGAGACGUGAAAGCCAAGGAUACAUUCUGGAUCAAGUCGCAGCCCUAUUCGGUGUUUGAUAUGUUAUCCCAUGAUGAGCUUGCCGACCAGUUCGUGGGGGGGACAGUGUAUCAGGCAUUCCUGAGUGCGCUGAGUUACCACCGGUGGCAUGCUCCUGUUAGCGGCAAGAUUGUCAAGGCGUACGUUGUCGACGGGACGUACUAUUCUGAACCCCUGUUCGAAGGGCUCUGGGACGGGGACAAGGGCCAGAAACAGGAUAUUGACGCCUCGGGCGAGGUCAUGACGCAGGAGUAUCUGACUUGCCUUGCCACUCGGGCAAUCAUAUUCAUUGAGUGCGAUAACCCGGCCAUCGGGCUCAUGGCGUUCCUGGGAGUGGGCAUGUGCGAAGUCUCGACGUGCGAUAUCACCGUCAAGCAGGGACAGCGUGUAAAGAAGGGAGACCAGCUGGGAAUGUUCCAUUUCGGGGGCUCAACGCAUUGUCUGCUGUUUCGGAAGGGUGUGAAGCUUGAGGGCUUUCCAUCCCCGGACUUGCAGCGCAAUGUGCCAGUCAAUGGGAAGCUAGCAGUUGCUUCAUGAAGAUAUGGUAUAAGGACUCGGUGAUAGCCUUAAGCCAUGCACUGUUUGUUACCAACGAGGCCUUGUUUGUCACUGACAAACGCACUUGUCUUUGAAAGACAUAUCCGCCGUUUUGCUUGUCUCAUUUUGUAACGGCAUUGAUACUAUAAAAACUAGUAGUGAAUGAAAUAUCUUUAAUAACGAGAC